UGUGUGUGGGAGUAAGAGAAAGAGAGGCACAGAGGCGGGCCUGGGCUGGGGCGCGAGGUAGUGAAAUGUGGCUUGGCGCGAGCGUAGACUUUUGUGUGUCAGUGCGGCGCUGUAGUUCGAGCGGGACAGUCCCUUGCUCCUCUGUCGCUCCACACACGAAGCGUCUCCCCGCGCUACCGGAGUCCCUCUUGUGCUUGUGUGUGCCCCUAGUGAGUCGUGACUGCUCCGGCGCUCCUGACGAAGGGAAAUUUUUAGAAAAGGAGAUAAAAGGUAAAAGGAAAAAAGAUAAAAAAAGAAUAAAAAAGAAUCUUGGUAUGAGAAACGAACUUACUGAAAAUAGAAACUCAACACAACGGCUUUAGAAACAUGAAAACUAAAUAAAAAUAAAGAAAAACCCAAAAUUGCAAAAUACUAAAAAAUUAACAUCAGAGAACCAUAGAAUAUUUCAACACCAUUAAAAAUCGAAGCGAAGAACGGCAACUCAAUUUGUUUUUCAUCACCACACGAAAAUAGAAAAGAGAGAGAGAGAGAGAGAGUGAGAGAGCACAAAACACGAACUUCCUAACUACCUAACUUCAGUAUUUCAUCCCCUUGUGUGCGUUUUCGUGAGUCGGUGAACGAAAAAACAAGAAACACAGUGUUCUGACUUGCUUCCAUUGUUUGUGGCGUCAAAAAAACAGAGCCUUGUCAAAUGUAACACUGUAUUUAUUUUUCUGUGGUGAUUAGAUACUGAGUUUAUUGAUGACCGUAACGCAACACUCCCGCAGCAACUGAGAUUUGUUACUUGUGUUGAUAGGAAAUGUAUAUAUGACUGUAAAUAGACGUGUAUGUUAUAGAGAUAUAUAUAAAUUGUUAGGUGACAUAUAUUUUUGUGACUUUUGGCGUUGGUACUUCAAAAUCUGGAAAUGAAAUAGAAAAGAAAUAACGUAGAAAUUGAACAUAAAUUGAAGUGAAACAGGAAUUUAUUUGUGGAGUGAUGUUGGAGGAAACGGAUUUGGGAUUCAGAAUUUAUAUGUUCUAUGGUGAGUGAGGAAGAUCGAGUGACUGCUUCGACUUUCCUUCCUCACAUCCUUCCCACGUUUUCUGAAGUGUUUUUGGCAGACGACUAAACCAAACAGACAAAACUGAAGGUAAAUUUCACAUCACUCACUAUCAAGAACAAGGAUUUAAAGUGUUCUGUGUUAAUUCUAUGGCUGAGUAACAUUUAGAAAUACUCAGGUGUUGAUUGCCUUUGUGUUGACAGUGGAAAUUGUAGUUGAAGUGUUGAUGAGUGUUUGAUUUGAGAUAUUCCUACUUCAUCAACACAAGGAGAGCGCUUAACUCCCAGGGAACUUUUAACACUAACAACACAAUUACCACCAGUGUUAGUGAGUCUUGCACCAGAACACUAGCUACAACACCGAUAGAAAGACAAGCCCGUGAAGGAAAACUUUUAAGACGCUCCUUGGACGCAACUCAGUGCAACACAACACAGAAAAACAAACAGGAAAUGAAGUAAGUCCUGAAAAAAAAAGAAACUGCCAAAACACCCAUUCUUCCAUUCUCCCUCGGAAGUGUUGCAAUAAAACCAAACUCAAACACUCCUAGAAGACAAAAAAACAACAACAACACAGGAAAAGAGAGGCGAGAAGGGGAAGAGGAAUCGAACACUGGACAUUUAACGCUCUGAACCUACUCCCACCACUGAGCCACGCUGAAGUGAUAAGGACAAGUGUUACAUAAAGAGACAUUUAGUUAGCGCAUUUUGACCCCAGGAAACAAUAUACCACAAUACCAUAAAACCACAAGACCACGCAACACCAGAGAGGCAUUUAGCUAGCGCAUUUUGACCCAAGGAAACAAUAUACCACUAUACCAUAAGACCACAACACGCAACACCAGAGAGGCAUUUAGCUAGCGCACUUUUGACGAGAAAAAACGAUAUGGGAGUGGAAAAAGUUAUCCAUUUGAAAAUAUAAAAGGAAAAAUAUAAUCGAUUAGUGUUUUCUUAGCGCGUGGGUGUGGUGAGGUAGUGUGCGUGUCCGCGGGCGCGCUGGAGAGGACAAUGGAGGAGGAAAGGACGUUUAAAGAGACGGUUCGGAAUCAUAAGAGGAUCAGUAUUCGAUAUGAGAUCAGAUCCUCUUCAUUCGAAAACGGGAGAGUGGUGCCAUGGACAAGAUCAGCAUCCAGUGACCUCAUCUCAAGGCGUGGUGUGUUCAGCAGACGACAUUAUGGUUCCGUGGAGCUGUUACCGCAAGUGGAGGCUGUGGGAAGUGAGCUCAAUGGCAGAAGGUUUCGAAUUGAGAGUGGAGACGCCCUUGGGGAUAGAGAAGAGCGACUACGGCACCAUUCACAGCACACACAGCAGAGCCAACAGCAACACCAACAGCAACACCAGCAGCAGCACCAGACGCCGCCACCACCACCGCAGCAACCACCACCACCACCAUCGCAGACGUCGCAGCAACAGCAUCAACAGCAGCAGCACCAGCAACAGCAAAUGCAUCAUCAACAUAUGCAGCAACAACAGCAGCAACAGCAGCAACAGCAAGAGUCUCACCCACCACACCCACACCCGUCAGUGUUGGACUACAGGCGGUCAUCUUCACGACAGCAGAUGUACGGCUCCCCCAGCACUCCUAUUCUCGAGAACCCAGAGUACCAGACGCGGUGGUACUUUAAAUACUUCCUUGGCAAACUGCACCAGAACUACGUGGGCUGCGACAGUGAGAAGACCCCUUUCUUUCUGUCCGUGGUGCUGACUGACGCCAACAACCAGUGCGUGCCACAGUACCGCGCUAUCCUGUGGAGGAAGACGGGCGCGCAGAGAAUCAGCCUGAGCCAAGUGCCCAACAAACCAAUGACAGUCAAGCAGAUACUCAGCAACUUUCAGAAUAUGGACAAAUUAGAGAAAGGACCGAAGGAGAUUUUCACCCAGGAGAUACAGAAGGAUCUGCUGCUGCUGGAGGAACAAGAAGGCUCAGUGAACUUCAAAUUUGGCAUCCUGUACAUGAAGAGUGGGCAGACUUCGGAUGACGAGAUCUUGAGUAAUGAGGCGGCCAGUCGGCACUUUGAUCAAUUCCUGGGCCUGCUGGGACAAAGGAUACGCCUCCGACACUGGGACAAGUAUAGGGGAGGCCUCGAUGUGAAGGGUGACAUGACAGGCAAACACUCCAUCUACACGAUCUAUGAAGGGCACGAGAUAAUGUUUCACGUGUCUACGAUGUUGCCAUUCUCUAAGGACAACAAACAGCAGGUCGAGAGAAAACGGCAUAUUGGCAACGAUAUAGUCAACAUUGUCUUCUUAGAUGGAGGACCCGAGGACAUGGCUUCCUUCUCCCCUUCCUUCAUCAAGUCACAGUUUACACACGUGUUCGCCCUCGUGUCCUUCGCUGCAGAGGAAGACGCCUAUCGCCUCCAUGUAUACUCAGAGGAGACUGUGCCGCUGUUUGGACCCUCGCUUCCUUGCCCGCCUGUCUUCUACAACCACGAGGAGUUCAGAGAGUUCCUGCUGGUGAAGUUGAUCAACGGGGAGAAGGCAACGUUUAACACACCAACGUUUUCUCAGAAGAGGGAGCGAACGUUGGACAUGCUGAUCAAGGACUUGUUUCAGGAGCACAUUAAUGACAGCAGAGGGACAAUGUUGAACCGCCGAGCAUUCAGUGACGUGCUGCCAGACCCGCCACGUUCGUCACGCCGUAAGGAAGAGGCAAGACAGGUUGAGUUUGUGCGGUUUGGUCAGGCACUGAAGCUGGAUACAAUCGUGAAGGGAGAUGCACCAACGUCUCUCGCCACCACUGGACUCUUCAAACGCACGUCCACCGAGGGUUCAAAUGGAUCUCCCUCGUCCAACACCGCUCUCCAAGCAAGGCCGUGGGAGCCCCAGUGUUACUACCCGGACUUCCCCAGCGAGGUGACCUGUGGGGACUCCUGGGGGGAAAGCCGUCUGGUCCUCGCCUCAGCUGAAGGGGUCUUCCUGGUAGAGGGUGAGGGCGUGGCACAUCGGCCUAUCUUCGACAAGAGUGUGCAGGUGAAGCAGCUCAGCGUGGUGGAGGCUCACGGAAUACUGCUGCUACGGGAACAGAAAGGUCGAGAUGGGAAGAUGCACGUGUUCCGGCUGUCAGACUUCGAGGGAGAAGAGGAACGGGUGAGGACAAAGGGAGACCUGAAGGAACACAGACUGGAGAAGACUAAAGGAUGCCACCUGUAUGCUAUUUCCAGGCCCGGGGGAUCGCACCUUAGAAUGGUAGUGGCGGCAGGGAAGAAGCUCCUCAUCCUUCAGUGGCGCCACUCUGCUGCCUGGACUGCCUGGUGCCCCGCCUCAGACACCGACACCGUGGAGGGCUUCCUCUUCCUGCGGGAGGUGUCACUGUCGGAGUCCCCCUCGAUCAUCACUCUGGUUGACUCGCCUCUCGUUUCCUCAGCAGGUGGACUCACGGACAACAAAAUAUGCAUUGGUUACAAGCACCAGUGGGACUUGGUGAGUGAGAGAUCAGGUGAGGUGAGCAAGCUUCACCACGUAGAUGCUUCAAAAGUCAACCUGGUGGCCGCUCUUGACAUUUAUGAAGAUGAUGAAGCAGAACUACUUCUCUGCUACAACAACACGUGUCACUUCCAGAAACUGUCAGAGGAAUGUUCUAACGAGUUUGAUUUUCACUGGAACUCUGUACCCGAAGCCAUUGUGUGUGCCUUUCCCUACAUACUUGCCUUUACUCAGGAUAGCAUUGAGAUCCGACUCAUCAUAAACGGCAACCUUGUGCAGACGAUGGUGAUGCCGCGCCUUGCCUUCAUCACGUCUAAGAGUGACAUCUUCUUCGCCACCACUGCACCAGAGUCCUUUACAAUGCGGCGAGAGAGAGUGAAGGUUGACCGCCUGGAACGGGACCCCAGCCUCUCCCCUCCCCCGUCCCCCCACGGCAAGGAGCACACAGUAAUGGACAGAGAUGCCGUGAAGCCCUUCAGAAUAUACCGCAUUCCCUUCCGCUGCCUGACGGGGACCUCCACAUGCGAGCGGAGGUGCCCCACGCCCUCCACGCCCCUCCACCCUCCAGUCCUGGGCGCUGGGGAAGAGCUGGGGGGCGUGGACGGGGCAGGGGAUGGCGGGGGGAGCAGGACAGGAAUGCAUCUUCGCGUCGCCGAUCAGCGCUAUGGCAGUCGGUCCUGUACAGCCUCCCCCACACAUCACCCGUCACCACCCACUCCCUUCCCUGGCUGCCCCCCCUCCCCAGUGUCCUCCAGCGGGCCGGCCAACACCAGUAGCUCCCCAACGCAUCACCUCCACCACCUCCACACCCACCAGAAGCCAAGAGACAGGACGAAUUCAUUAACGGUGGAUUCUGCUGGUAGUUUGCUCCACCAUCAUCACCACCACCACCUCGGACGCCCUCACCUCUUCCACUCGCACUCCCACACGCACCACCAGCACCACUCACCACCGCACCACCACCACCACUCGUCAGUCAAGUGAGGGAGGAUGUGUCUGUCUGUCUGUCCCUUGUGGUUACUCACUCUUCCACUUCCACUGUUCUGAGUGAAUGUGGAGUGUGUUUCCAUUCUCCAGGAGUUUAUUGGAGUAUACCUGGUCGUGCCUGUUAUCCUCCACCUCCUCCACCUCGUCCGCUUCCUGCAAAUCCUCCUCCUCCUCCUCCUCCUCCUCCUCCUCCUCCUCCUCCUCCUCCUCCAUAUUCUCGUUGCCUUUCGAGUUUAGAGUUGUUACCCCUUGAUUCCUCGUCCAGCGUUCGUUUUCUUUGUACUCGCCUCAUCUCGUUUUCUGUCACGACGAGUAUGAAAGUAUUUUUAUCUCCAGGCAUUGUUUGUUCCAUAUUACCUCAUGUGUGUGUGUGUGUGUGUGUGUGUGUGUGUGUGUGUGU